GCAGCUCUCGCCCAACUCCCAGACACCUCGCGGGCUCUGCAGCACCGGCACCGUUUCCAGGAGGCCUGGCGGGGUGUGCGUCCAGCCGUUGGGCGCUUUCUUUUUGGACCUCGGGGCCAUCCACACCGUCCCCUCCCCCUCCCGCCUCCCUCCCCGCCUCCCCCGCGCGCCCUCCCCGCGGAGGUCCCUCCCGUCCAUCCUCCUGCUCCCUCCUCCGCGGGCCGCACCGCCCGGGCCGGCGCCGCGCGCGGGGGAAGCUGGCGGGCUGAGGCGCCCCGCUCUUCUCCUCUUCCCCGGGCUGCCCCUCUGCCCCGGGCCCGCGAGGCCACGCGUCGCCGCUCGAGAGAUGAUGCAGGACGUGUCCAGCUCGCCAGUCUCGCCGGCCGACGACAGCCUGAGCAACAGCGAGGAAGAGCCAGACCGGCAGCAGCCGCCGAGCGGCAAGCGCGGGGGACGCAAGCGGCGCAGCAGCCGGCGCAGCGCGGGCGGCGGCGCGGGGCCCGGCGGAGCCGCGGGCGGGGGCGUCGGAGGCGGCGACGAGCCGGGCAGCCCGGCCCAGGGCAAGCGCGGCAAGAAGUCUGCGGGCUGUGGCGGCGGCGGCGGCGCGGGCGGCGGCGGCAGCAGCAGCGGCGGCGGGAGUCCGCAGUCUUACGAGGAGCUGCAGACGCAGCGGGUCAUGGCCAACGUGCGGGAGCGCCAACGCACCCAGUCGCUGAACGAGGCGUUCGCCGCGCUGCGGAAGAUCAUCCCCACGCUGCCCUCGGACAAGCUGAGCAAGAUUCAGACCCUCAAGCUGGCGGCCAGGUACAUCGACUUCCUCUACCAGGUCCUCCAGAGCGACGAGCUGGACUCCAAGAUGGCAAGCUGCAGCUAUGUGGCUCACGAGCGGCUCAGCUACGCCUUCUCGGUCUGGAGGAUGGAGGGGGCCUGGUCCAUGUCCGCGUCCCACUAGCAGGCGGAGCCCCCCACCCCCUCAGCAGGGCCGGAGACCUAGGUAA